UGGCCCGCUGGGGUCGAUUCUGACCGGUCAGCCGCACCCCGGCACCACACCGAACCACAUCGCCCUCCCGCGGUGCCUCUCUCCGGCUUCCGGCCCACCUAACCCAUUCCAGAUUCCACCGAUGAAACGUGAGCACCUCCCCCAUGGCCAGCCGCGGGCACUCCUAUAUAUGGCGCCAGACUCAUGCCGAGCAACCCCGCACACACACCAAGAGACGCGUCUCACCAGACGACCUUCUCGCCUCAGGGCCUGCUUGGCAUCACUUGCCAGGUCCGUUGGAUCGGUCAUCGUCUCGUCAACACGAGUUCUCCAUCGAACAAGUUCGAUCCCGCUGCUCAUCUAUCGCGCGCGUCGUCAAUCGUCUCGUCAUCACCAUGGUUGGAAGCAGCCCCCUGCAGGCCGUGCUGGUGGCCCCCGGCGUCAAGGACAGGAAGGUGCUCGCGUUCAAGCGCGACGCGCUCAAGGACAAGGACGCCGUCUCCGGCCUCAUCCACUCCAUCCUCGCGUCCAGCCCGGCGCAGCGCAGCGCCUUCUACGUCUUCGACCUGGCCAAGGUCGUCGACCUCUUCAGGGCGUGGCGCCGGGCGCUGCCGGACGCGCGGCCCUGCUACGCCGUCAAGUGCAACCCGGACCCGGCGCUGCUCGGCGCGCUCGCCGCGCUCGGCGCGGGCUUCGACUGCGCCAGCCGCGCCGAGAUCGAGGCCGUGCUCGCGCUCGGCGUCCGGCCCGGGGACAUCGUCUACGCCAACCCCUGCAAGCCCGAGGCGCACCUCGAGUACGCCGCGGAGGUCGGCGUCAACCUCACCACCUACGACUCCGAGGAGGAGGUGGCCAAGGUCAGGCGCUGCCACCCCGGCUGCGAGCUCCUGCUCCGCCUCAAGGGCCCCGACGGCGGCGACGUCCGGGUCGACCUGGGGACCAAGUACGGCGCGCACCCCGACGAGGUCGUGCCGCUCCUGCGCGCCGCCCAGCGCGCGGGGGUCGGCGUGGCCGGCGUCUCCUUCCACGUCGGCAGCGGCGCGUCCAACCUCCACGUCUACCGCGGGGCCAUCCAGGCCGCGCGCGCCGCGUUCGACGCGGCCGCUGCCCUGGGGAUGCCGCCCAUGCGCGUCCUCGACAUCGGCGGCGGCUUCGUGUCCGGCCCCACUUUCGACGACGCCGCGGCCGUCAUCAACGACGCCCUCGCGCACCACUUCGGCGACCUGCCGUGCGUCGAGGUGAUCGCCGAGCCCGGCCGCUACUUCGCCGAGACCGCGUUCACGCUCGCCGCGCGCGUCAUCGGGAAGCGCACGCGCGGAGAGGUGCGCGAGUACUGGAUCGACGACGGCCUCUACGGCUCGCUCAACUGCAUCAUCAUGGACCACUACGUGCCCACCCCGAGGCCGCUCGCCAGCCCGCGCCCCGGCGAUAAAACCUACACUUCCACGGUCUUCGGCCCAACGUGCGACUCCCUCGACACGGUGCUCACCGGGUACCUUCUGCCAGAGAUGAGCGUCGGCGACUGGCUCGUCUUCGACGACAUGGGCGCCUACACUACCGGAGCCGGCUCCAACUUCAACGGCUACGCGACGUCAGAUAUAAAGAUCUAUGUAGCCUACUCCAGCUGAAUGCGAACGUCUCCACGACGUCGGGCCUGGACUAAUUGAUAUGUUCUUUUUUUAUUUAUUCUAUAAUCGACCCAACCCUGUAUUAUCUAUCUUUCGAUAUAAAAAUAAGGUGUUCUUUCAAUGUAUGUCGUUCUAUAUAGCACUGCUACAGAAAUAGGAUUUGAAGCCCUAGUAUUUGUAUCGUUUGAAUUAGAAAUUUAGAACUAAUACUUACGUAAA